UCCUCCUCCUCCUCCUCCUGCUACUAUACCGCUACUUCAUUGUUAUGAUUUUCAUAGUGAUGCUUUGCAUAAAUCCAGUGAUAAUAUAUUUUGUCCAUUUCUGAGCCAUUACUGCGCAUGCGUACGACUAUUUAAAGCCUCAAACAAACAGACGCCAUAAUUGAUGUAGUAAUAUCGUAAGAGGUUGCCGCUGUGUAAAUACAACUUCUGAUAACUGGACCGCAUUUAGAAUAGUUAAUUUAUAUGAGCAUGGCCUUAAUAGCAAGACGCCUGAGUUUGUCUCGCGUAAAAAGAUAUCAAUUCGUGGCACGAUCCCCAAAAGCAGGAUUUUGAAAAAGAUUGCAUUCGAGAUCAACACGCAUUUUCUAUCUAUACGUGAUUUCAAAAACGGAUCGUAACUUUGGCGACUGGUGUAAAACCAUUCUACCAAGGUAUAAUCUGACUCUCUUAUUCUGUUAAUCGGGUAUUUUUCCGUACCCUAUCGUUAAAGUGGACAUGCUCAGCACCUACAUAAUAGAUGCAAGUUUCUGAGUGAGUCCCCCGGUACUCGAGGCUUCAAACACGACCAAGGACGCCCACGAAGGAGGAGUUAUAGGAGCUGGUAGGGAAGUUUAGCGGAACGGUGCGAGAAUCCAACGGGAGAUUAACGGGCUAGCUAGGAUGGCGAGUAAGCGGUCGAUGAGCGUGAUCAAGUUGGUUGUCGACGGUGAACAUCCCGCGAAGAAAACGCUCUUCCAAAGCAACAUGAGCGAAGGUGAGACGGCAGAGUCUUCCUCGGAGGAUGAGCACGAAAUAGAACUCGAAAACGGGUCCGUCGACGAUGGAAUUAGGAAGACAGACGUAGACAACCAAAACGAAGAUGAAAUGCACAAGACUAAGAAAGAUGAAACCAAGAAAACGACUGGCAAAAAGACCGUAGCCCAAAUGGUCAAAGACAAGAAGAAACAAACUGCACUAACUUUGCAAUGGUUGGAAGAGAAUUACUGUAUAUGUGAGGGAGUAUGCUUGCCACGGUGUAUUCUUUAUUCACACUACCUCGACUUUUGCCGCAAGGAGACUCUUGACCCAGCAUGCGCUGCUACGUUUGGCAAGACAAUUCGACAGAAAUUCCCAAAUCUGACUACAAGACGACUUGGAACGAGAGGCCAUUCAAAAUAUCACUACUACGGUAUUGGUAUCAAAGAAUCCAGUGCUUAUUAUCAUACAGUCUACUCUACCAAGGGACUUACAAGAUUUUCAGGGGCCAGAUUAAAAAGCGAGGGUGGUUUCACCCGGAAGUAUUCCUUGUCAUCGAAGACAGGGACACUACUGCCAGAGUUCCCGGAUGCUCAGCAGAUGGCUCUACCCUUUGUUCUGUCAGCGGAAAGGGUCGAUACCCUUCUUGUCAUGUACAAGACUCAUUCUCAGUGUGUACUUGACACGAUCAUCAAUUCAAGCUUCGAUGAGAUCCAGAACUUUCUGCUGCAUUUCUGGCAAGGCAUGCCCGAUCACCUCCUACCCUUGCUCGAUAAUCCCAUCAUGAUUGACCUCAUUUGCAUAUGCGAUUCGAUACUCUACAAGACAGUGAUCGAUAUCCUUAUUCCAGCUACCAUGCAAGAAAUGCCUGAAAGUUUACUGACGGAUAUCCGACGUUUUACUCGACAAUGGGAGUUAUGGCUGACGUCAUCACUUGAGAACCUACCUGACACCCUCAAAGAAUCCAAGAUGACCGUGGCUAGACGCUUUGUCCAGUCGCUUAAAAGACAAUCCUCGUUCCUGCACUUAGCUCAGACGGCUCGUCCUGUUCUGUUCGACCAGCAGCUCGUUGACCAGAUGAUUGAAGACCUUGAGAAGGUUGAUCUGUGCUCUAUUGGAUCUCAUGCAAUGCUGUCUGUUAGUCAAGAUGAAACUGACUCGGAACUGAACACUGAAUUUCUGAAUGACUUUAAGGAACUUCUGAAGAAACAAGCCACGGUGGAGGCUUUUACUGAAUGGCUAGACCAGGUCGUCGAGUCAAAGGUCAUCAAGCCGAGUAAGCAGAACGGGCGUUCCUUCAAGAAGCGAGCUCAGGAUUUCUUGCUGAAAUGGUCUUUCUUUGGAGCUCGUGUCAUGCAUUCACUAACAAUUAAUAAUGCACAGAGCUUUGCGUCCUUCCAUCUGAUUCGGAUGCUGCUUGAUGAGUACAUUCUCCUGGCUGUGGAAAGCCAAUUCAACACAGAAAAGGACAACGACCUUCAAAAUCGCCUGGAGAAACACAUGAAGGCCUCAGGUAACACUCAGAGACCGCUAUCCAAUCCUGCUGGGUCUUGUUUCCUUGCUAACCGCAACGGAGUACAGAGACAGCAAGUUGGCCUUGGGGACCAGUCACAGUGCAAGCGGGAAGAAGUGAUCGACCAUAACCGCAACACGCUUUAUCCCGGACAUAUGAGCUCCCUAGCGCCUGGAGAAAGAGACUACCUCAUGCCUUAUGGAACCACACCCCAUCAUCAUUCCCUCGGGUCACGUACCAACCCAAUGUUGACUCCUCCCAUCUCGCCUAUCGUCAUGCGCAACUCUGUCAUCAACCAAACGCCUCUACCGCUGGCGCCUCAUGCUGGCCCCUCCCACAACCAACCUUUCAUGCCGUCCACGUCCCCGCAAGCUGGUUUCCCCUAUGUUAAUCACAUUCAGGGGCAGGAGCCGUAUCUCUCGUCUGCGAGGACCCAAAACUACAUGGCCCCGUACCCAGCAUCCAACUACUACCACCAUCCAACUGUAUUUCCUCAGGGCUACAAUAGUUCGCCCUAUUAUCCACGCUCUCACGAUUCUGCAGAUGCAGGGGGCGUGGCCUACCCAGAUUCCUACUCACACCGGGAUGAUCGUUACUAUGGCAAUUGUGCAAUGGGCGGGGAAAGGCAGGAUGCAUCGGGUUCCACCUACCCCUACUCCACUAAUAGCUACAACCAAGCUUAUUACCACCCGAACCAGACAGCGAGUCAAAACAAACCAAUAGCAGCGGAAAGGGUCUCAGUCAUCACCAGUAACUCAUUUGCCAAUCGCACCCGUCUGGAACAUCAGACGAACCCUAAUUCAGACAGCUACGCACAGGACAUGCGACCCUUCGAGUACGCCAGCCAAAAUGGCGGCCGUCAUCCGCACGAGCACUUCAGCGACGAAGCGGACACAUUGCGUAUGCUGGAAGCGGCGUGCGGAGGAGAGCAGGGAAAGAACCCCGGACAUCAGCACCAGAACAACUUCAUCAACCCAUCGGCAUUCCAAGAAACAACCCAUCAGGACUACCCUAUGGGCAACAAUGGACUAGUCCCAAGUCAAAAUGGCUCAAGUGUGACUUCAGAUUCCUAUGGACAGCCUGGGAUCUACCAUCCAGAGAAUGGGGGAGCGACGCAUGGAUUAUCACAGAGGGAGCACUUGGAUAACAGUACCGUUUCUGCAUUAGGAGCUUCUACCUCCCUCAGUGAAAAUGCACAUGGACCUCCUUUACCUUCCAUUAAUACAGUGUUCAGCCUUUGAGAGAGAGAGAGAGAGAGAGAGAGCAAAAGGGCGAUUUGCUGUUUGGUCUACAACCAGUUGGUCUACUACCCAAUUAGUCUAUUCCCAUUUACUUUCCACAUGGUCUAACAAUCAUUUUUGUCUACUUAUCAUUGGUAUAAUGACUGUUUAGGGCUAAUGACCAAUUGGUCUAAUCUCCAAUAAGAAUGCUUAAAAUGUUUUCUUUUGCUCAUUUAGUCUCAUUUCCAGUGGGUCUAACUGCUAGUUUGUUCAAUGCCAUUUCUUUGCUACUAUUCCCAAGGUCUAAUAUUCAUUUUUAAAAUUGAUAUUUAUGAUUUAACCAUGUGGAUAGUAGAUGGGCUGAGUGUGGACCAUAUGGGAAAGACCAAUUGGGUAGAAGAUGAACCGGUUGUAGACCAAACAACACUAAACUAGAGAGAGAGAGAGAGAGAGAGAGAGGGAGGAAAAGAAAACAACAUCCUGGUUUAAAGGUUGCUUAGAAGUAAAAUGCAGAGGCAUGAAAAGAAGUUUGUUGAAAACAAAACUGAAUACUUUGUGAUAGUUCUUGUAAAUGCAGGUGUACGAAAACCAAAAAAAGGACAUUACAUGCUUUCACGGAUGUGAUGAAUAGACAUCAAUAUUUAAUGAAAUAUCCUUGCCUAAAUAGUGUUUGAACUAUGAAUACAUUUAGAAUAUUGUUGUAGUUUUGUAGUCAUUACUCCAUAUUAAUAUUUUCAUGCUGGUCAUGAUAAUAAAACCGUUACCCAUUUAUUCCAACUUCUUGUAAAAUACAAACACCUUGUAGUUAAUAGUUUUGUGUGGUGUGUGAUCUUGUUAUAGCUAGUCUUUCAAAGUUGAUGUCUUUUGUACAUAUAAAUGAUAUAUAUUUCAAAUUAAAUGAAAGACAUUUCAUGAUAUAUGAUGUCCCUCAAUUUAAGAUUAAACUACUCCUUUUGUUCUUUGAGUAAAUAUAUGAAAUUAAAUUUGUGUGUAAAAUGUUGGACUCACGCUAUUACCUGUAACAACAUGUACUGUAUGUAUUCCAAUGUAAAUAAAUGUGUAAUGAUCAGGUCCCUCCUAGCUUUCAAGACUCAACAAAACAAUGGAUGUGUGCUAUGCAAUGUAAUGUAACUUAAAAAUCAUUUUAUCUUUUUUUAGUUGUUGUUAAAAUCAUUGACUGAUAAAUAAAUAACACAAGGUACAAAAGCGGUUAAUACCAUACUUGUGUUUUAUUAAACAAAAAACAGACAUACGUAUCAAUCUUAUAAAAUAAAAAUCACUUUAUGCUCUUUCAUCAUUCAUUAUUGGAAGUUAAUUUAUUGAAAGAUGACUUUCUUGAUAAUUGUAUUAAGUAACCUGUAAAGUGAAUCAUAAUUUCGUGCCAGAAAAGAAAGGACAAUUAUAAAUAAAUCUAUCAAAUAUUUGAUACAAUGCUGGGCAUUUUGUUAAUCAAUAAAUAACUAUGCUGCCAA